AUGCAAGCAAAAAUCGAUGCAUUGAUCAGCUGGUUGAAACAAGAUGAAUCUUUUUAUUUAGCACCAAACAUCACAAUACAGGACACAAUAGAAUCAGGUAGAGGUGUGAUAUUGGUAGAAGAUAGUUUGAAUAAGAAUGAUAUCAUUGUCUCUAUACCAAGCUCUCACCAGAUAAACUUUAAUACAAUUGUAUGUCAUUUGUCACAUUUUAAUAAAAAUUUAAGCAUUCCAUCAGUUACAGCUGCAAAGGAUUCUGUAAUUGCAGAUUUAUAUGGUCAUAUCUAUCAAGAUAAAGGACUAGAGGAGUAUGAAGAUAUCAGGUUUGAGAAAUAUAAACUUUUUGCAUCGGAAUUUGUCGAGGGUCUGACAUCUUUCCAACUGGUGAGUUUAUAUAUAUUAGCAGAAUGGAUUUUGUUACCGGUAUGGUCAAAUAAUGAAAUUUCUUCAUUCUGGGAACCAUUUUUUAAUGUGUGGCCAUCGAACCAUGAACUUAGAUCUAUACCAACCAUCUGGAAUUUAUCAGAGAAAACAAAGUUCAAGCAUCUUUUGCCAUUGUUAACAGAUGGGGCAUUAGCUCAUACGAAAAGAAUAUCAUCAUUAAUUGAAAACGACUGGGAAAUUAUAAAACCGAUAAUUAUUAAGUGGUUGGAUAGUACAACGAUAAAAAAUGGAAUGGAUAUAAAUUCCCUUUUUGAAGAUUAUUUGCAUAUUUAUUUUGUCAUUAAUUCAAGAUGCCUCUAUUGUCCAAUUCCUAACAGAGAUGCAGAUAUUGCUAGUAAUUUUACUUUGGUUCCUUAUGUUGAUUUCCUGAAUCAUAAUGAGAAGGUCGGUGAGUUUUGUUAUCCACAUGUAUCAAAUAAGUCGAUUAGUGGAUAUGGAAUUGGCCAAUUCUCAAUUCUUUGUGGUGAUCAUAGUUAUCAAACAAAAAAGGAGGAAAUACUAUUAAAUUAUGGUGCUCAUUCAAAUGAUUUUCUACUUAACGAAUAUGGUUUUGUAAUGGAGAGCAAUUGUUGGAACUAUAUUGAUGUCACUAAAUUUCUGAUUGGAUUAUUCGAAAAUGAUAAUGAAAGUAGACAGUUUUUAGAAGAACACGAGUACUGGGGUGAUUAUACUAUCAAUGAAAAUGAAGUUAGUUAUCGAAUUAUUAUUGCAUUAAGUCUCUUCGCAACAAAAGAUUAUAGAGGAGUAGAAAAAUUAAUGUCAGGUUACAUUUCGGAAGAUAAUUUUAUGCCUAAGGUGAGACCAAUUCUUCUACAAAUAUUAACAACUGUAUUAAAACAUUGUGAGGAAAGGCAUACGGAAUUAAAGGAAGUAGGUACUUUACCAAAUUCUGAUAAAUGGAUUAUUUCUAAUUUAGUAACUAUCAUAAAAGGGUAUGAGGAAAUAUUGAAAGUGCAUAUUGACAAUUUAUAA